AUGUGUUUCACUCAUCAGACAACUGACAAUUAUGCUGACCACAUGCUGUUCGAGAAGAAGAGCGGGGAGGGGAGGGGAGAAAGCAGACACCGCGGAGAGGGGCGAGCGACGGACCUACUUUUGACCCAGAGCCGUUCUCCUCCACCAAGAGGGGGGCAUUUUGCAAAGAAGGACAGGAUAAUGUCCCUGAAUGACUACAGACUUGUUACCCUGACCUUUGUGGUCAUUAAAAGCUUGGAGAAGCUCAUUCUGUCCCACCUCAAACCUAUCUCUGACCCCCUCUUGGACCCUUUACGGUUUGGCUACACAGCAAAUCGCUCUGUUGACAACGCCAUCUACCUCAGCUUCCACCACAUAUUGAUGCACCUGGACCGGCGGAGUCCCUUCUUCAGUGGAUUAUAG